UUUCUCUUACCUAUUUCAAUUUUAUCUUCACUUCUCCCUACCAUUUCUUCGGCUGCAGAUAUGCGUAACGUAGUAGAGCCUGAAUAUCCAGAAACUUGUUCAGUUGUAUACGCAAGAAAUAAUCUAAUUACAGCCGAUAUUCAAAGUGCUUUAAAUAAAUGUGGUCCAGGUAAAGCUGUACAGCUUUCAAGUAAUGGAUCUAUGAAUACCUUCCUUUCGGGCCCAUUGAAUAUGCCAUCUGGGGUAAGUUUAUUAAUAGACAAAGGUGUUACUUUAAAGGCGAUUAAUAACGCAUCUGCAUUUGAUAAUGGUAAAAAAACAUGUGGAACAAUCAACGGUGAUGGGCAAGGAUGUAAUGCAUUAAUUACGUUUAAAAAUUCUAAUAAUGCUGGUAUUUAUGGUGAAGGUAUUAUUGAUGGGCAAGGUAGUACCGUACUUAAUGACAAAAUGACAAGUUGGUGGGAUUUAGCUCAAAAAGCAAAAACUGGGGGAAAUCAGAACGCUCCACGUCUAAUUCAUAUUAAUAAUAGUCAGAAUAUUACACUUUAUAAAAUUACCUUAAAGAACUCACCAAAAAUUCACAUUGUUUUCUACAAAAGUAAUGGCCUAACCGCUUGGAACACGACAAUUGAUACACCUGCAAAUGCUAGAAAUACAGAUGGUAUUGAUCUUCUUUCUUCAAGAAAUGUCACUGUUGCAUACAGCAAUAUUAGUACUGGCGAUGACAAUAUUGCGAUUAAAGCCAAACCAAAUAGUGGUCCUUCUAGAGACAUGAGCUUCAUACAAAACAAUUUUGGCUCUGGUCAUGGUUUAUCUAUAGGUAGUGAAACAAUUGAUGGAGUUUAUAAUAUAGACGUUAACGGUUUGAUAAUGAAUGGAACAGAUAACGGCUUACGAAUUAAAAGUGAUAAGUCUGCUUCGGGAGAAGUAGCAUCUGUAAACUAUAACCAUGUCACUAUGUCUAAGGUUAAGAAUGCAAUUGUCAUGGAUACUGUUUAUGAAAAUAAAUCAGGUUCUACUAAAGCAAAUUGGCACGAUAUUACUUAUAACGAUAUUACGGUAACAGGUAGCUCAAAUAUUAUUUUUAAUGGUAAAAAUGCUGCUAAACCACUGCAAGCGACCAUGAUAGAUAUGCAUCUUCCUACAAAUAUUAAUUGGAAAAUCAUUAAUGCAGAUGUUAAAAAAUAA